AUGCCGUACGUGCUGGACGCCUGCCUGGCCCAGGACCCCGACAGCAAGGUGGCCUGCGAGACCUGCACGAAGACCAACAUGGUCAUGGUGCUGGGCAAGAUCACCACCAAGGCCACCGUCCACUAUGAGAAGAUCGUGCGCGACACCUGCCGCAGCAUCGGCUUCGUCUCCGACGACGUCGGCCUCGACGCCGACCGCUGCAGGGUGCUCGUCAACAUCGAGCAGCAGUCCCCCGACAUCGCCCAGGGCGUCCACGGGCACUUCACCAAGCGCCCCGAGGAGGUGGGCGCCGGCGACCAGGGCAUCAUGUUCGGCUACGCCACCCACGAGACCCCCGAGCUGAUGCCCCUCAGCCACGUGCUCGCCACCAAGCUCGGGGCCCGCCUCACCGAGGUCCGCAAGAACGGCACCUGCGCCUGGCUCAGGCCGGACGGCAAGACCCAGGUCACGGUCGAGUACCUGAACGAGGGUGGCGCCAUGGUCCCUGUCCGCGUGCACACCGUGCUCAUCUCCACCCAGCACGACGAGACCGUCAGCAACGACGAAAUCGCUGCGGACCUCAAGGAGCACGUCAUCAAGCCGGUGAUCCCGGGCAAGUACCUCGACGAGCGCACCAUCUUCCACCUCAACCCGUCGGGCCGCUUCGUCAUCGGCGGCCCCCACGGCGACGCCGGCCUCACCGGCCGCAAGAUCAUCAUCGACACCUACGGUGGGUGGGGAGCCCACGGCGGCGGCGCCUUCUCCGGCAAGGACCCCACCAAGGUCGACCGAAGCGGUGCCUACAUCGCCAGGCAGGCCGCCAAGAGCAUCAUUGCCAGUGGGCUCGCGCGCCGUUGCAUCGUGCAGAUCUCGUACGCCAUCGGCGUGCCUGAGCCUUUGUCUGUCUUCGUAGACUCGUACGGCACCGGGAAGGUCCCCGACGGGGAGAUCCUCGUCAAGGAGAACUUCGACUUCAGGCCCGGGAUGAUCAGCAUCAACCUCGACUUGAAGAAGGGCGGGAACAGGUUCAUCAAGACAGCCGCUUACGGUCACUUUGGGCGCGAUGACGCGACUUCACCUGGGAGGUGGUGA